AUUGAUACAAUUUGGCUGAGCAGUAGCUCUUUAUUUUUCUUACAAUCUCGCACAGAAAGUAAAACCUCAAGCAGUGGCACACUAUCAUUCAUCUCUUUCACAGCGAGAGUGUUGACCAGCGCCAAUACUAUCUGCUUACUCUCCAAAACGAAUUCGUUCCCGGUGAAGCAGGGUCCCUACGGCACCAGCCUUUGCUUUACUAGAAGAAGAGUUGCGUCGUUGUCUUCCUCUUCCAGGAGGUCCUUCAAUUGCACAGCUACCUACAAUCCCCAAGUUCAGAUCAAGGAGGAAGGCCAGCCUGAAACCCUAGACUACCGGCUCUUCUUUGUCGACCGUUCCGGUCAAAAGGUUUUGCCUUGGCAUGAUAUACCUUUGCAAGUGGGUGAUGGUGUAUUCAACUUUGUGGUUGAAAUACCCAAAGAAUCAAGUGCAAAGAUGGAGGCUGCUACUGAUGAGCCACACACUCGGAUAAAGCAGGAUACAAAGAAGGGGAAACUUCGUUACUACCCGUACAAUAUAAAUUGGAACUACGGGUUGCUUCCCCAAACAUGGGAAGACCCAACCGUUGCUGACGCUGAAGUUGAAGGAGCCUUUGGGGAUAAUGAUCCAGUUGAUGUUGUUGAGAUAGGCGAUAGUCAGAGAAGGAUUGCCGAGAUUCGCAAAGUAAAGCCUUUGGCUGCUUUAGCUAUGAUAGAUGAAGGGGAACUUGACUGGAAAAUUAUUGCAAUUUCAUUGGAUGAUCCAAGGGCUUCUCUCGUUAAUGACAUUGAUGAUGUUGAGAAGCAUUUCCUGGGGACUCUCACUGCAAUAAGGGACUGGUUUAGAGACUACAAGAUACCAGAUGGAAAGCCUGCUAACAAGUUUGGUCUUGGCAACAAAACAACAAACAAGGAUUAUGCUCUUAAGGUCAUAGCCGAAACCAAUGAAUCAUGGGCUAAGCUUGUCAAGAGAUCGAUUCCAGCCGGAGAUCUGGCACUUGCAUAGAUGCAUUGGUAGAAUUAGAAUUCCGGGCGUUUAUUGUUUUGCACUCGCCAUGAUUCAUUAGGGGUUUUCCCUUUUAGCGAACCGGCGGUCCGACUGAGUAAUCCAAUAAGGAUGCGUUUGUUGCACCGGACUAUCUCAGACUGGAUUAGCUUCAAGGACCAAGCUAGACUGGCUUAGACUAGACUAAGUUGGACUGACUUAGUGAAACGUUUGGUGCAGUGUCAGACUAAAAAGAAGGAUAAUAACAAACUACAAUAUUAUUU